UGAGCAUGAAGCUUUCUGUGAGACUUCUUGACUUUUUUUAGCUGAUCUUUGGAGGAUAAAGACGUCAAAGUGAAAGAUUUUACCAUGGAGGGAACUUCUAAAAGUGAUCCUGGUGGUCAGCUGUCUGUUGCUGCUCAGGUUCCUUUCCUUCACCUGUGUGUCACUUUAGAGAAAAUCCAGAAGGCGAAACUCCGUCCAGAGAAAUCCAAGACCCUUGGUGAUUUCAUUGAAUCGUGGAGGAAGUUUCAUUCUGCCCUCCACAAAGAUAACCCCAAAACAACAGACUCUUUCUAUCCAGCUAUGCGCCUCAUAGUUCCCUCUUUUGAACGAGAGCGGAUGGCAUAUGGCAUCAAAGAGAGCAUGUUGGCUAAACUCUACAUUGAUGUGUUAGGUCUCCCAAAGAAUGGCCCAGAAGCCAAUAAACUCUUGAACUAUCGAGCUCCAACCACAUCCCAAGGAGAAGCUGGCGACUUUGCCGGCAUGGCAUACUUUGUGCUAAAGAAACGGUGCACCAGCCAGGGAAACCUCAGCAUCAAAGAAGUCAAUGACUUUCUGGAUUCAGUGGCCAUCAACAACGCUGGCAAGCAGAAGGACCUUGUGAAAAAGAGUCUUCUGCAUCUAAUCACACAGAGCUCGGCUCUCGAGCAAAAGUGGCUCAUCCGAAUGAUUCUGAAGGACAUGAAGCUUGGGAUCAGCAAAGAAAUUGUUCUCCAAGUUUUCCAUCCGGAUGCUGCUGAGCUCUACAAUGUGAACACAGACUUAAACAAGGUCUGCCAACAGCUCCACAACCCCACGGUGUCAUUGAGUGACGUCUCCAUUGGACUCUUCUCUGCUUUCAAACCCAUGUUGGCAGCUGUUGCUAACAUCCGCAAUGUAGAGAAACAGAUGGGAAACAGCCCUUUUUACAUUCAAACCAAGCUGGAUGGGGAGCGAAUACAACUGCAUAAGGAUGGAGAUGUGUACAAAUACUUUAGCCGAAAUGCUUUUGAAUACACACAGCAAUUUGGAGGAUCCCCACUGGCGGGUUCUCUCACACCUUACAUCCACAACGUUUUUAAAAGCCAUGUCGUGAACUGCAUCCUCGACGGAGAGAUGAUGGCGUACAACCCAACCACUGAGACAUUCAUGCAGAAAGGGAGCAAAUUUGACAUCAAGAAGCUAAUGGAUGACUCUGAGUUACAAACAUGCUUCUGCGUGUUUGACGUGCUGUUAGUCAAUGGCCAAAAGCUUGGAAAGGAUACACUGAAGAAGCGCUACGAGGCCCUGCAGACAGUUUUCACCCCAGUCAAGGGAAGGAUGCACCUAGUGCCAAAGACGGACGGCAGAACCAUGCAGGAGGUGGUGAAUGCCCUCAAUGACGCUAUAGACAACAGAGAGGAGGGAAUCAUGGUGAAGGAUCCUUUAUCCAUCUACAAACCUGACAAGCGUGGGGAGGGAUGGCUGAAAAUAAAGCCAGAAUAUAUGGAUGGCUUGAUGGAUGAGCUUGACCUGCUGAUUGUUGGUGGCUACUGGGGGAAAGGGAGACGGGGUGGUAUGAUGUCCCAUUUCUUAUGUGGCAUUGCCGAAGCUCCAAAGCCUGGUGAGAAACCUUCGGUUUUCCACUCAUUCUGCCGCAUUGGCUCUGGCUACACCAUGAAGGAGUUGUAUGACCUUGGCUUAAAACUAGCCAAGCACUGGAAGGUCUACCGCAAAAAUGACCCACCAGAUUCUAUCCUGUGCGGAACAGAAAAGCCAGAAGUCUACAUCGAACCCUGCAACUCGGUCAUCAUUCAGGUCAAAGCGGCUGAGAUAGUCGGAAGUGACAUGUAUAAAACCAACAGCACCCUCCGUUUCCCCAGAAUUGAGAGGAUUCGCGACGAUAAGGAGUGGCACCAGUGCAUGACUCUGGCAGAGCUGGAUCAGUUUCGCAGCAAGGCGUCGGGAAAACUAGCCUCACGGCAUCUUCGCAUUGACAACGACGAACCACAAAAGAAGAAGCGCAAGAUGGUAGCCAAACCCAAGAAGGUGGUUGGGCUCAUCGACCACUUUAAGUCCCAAGACCUCUCCGGGAUUAAGAAAGAGACAGAUAUGUUUGAGGAUGUGGAGUUUUGCAUCCUGAAUGGGACUGAAGAUCACCCAAAAGCAGAGCUGGAAAAGGGUGUGGCCAAGUGUGGAGGUAUCGUGGUUCAAAAUCCUGGACGGGAAACCUACUGCGUGAUCGCCGGCAUGGAGAACAUGCGUGUGAAAAACCUGAUUUCAUCCAACCAGCAUGACGUGGUGUGGGCCGCCUGGCUGCUGGAGUGCCUGGACCAGAAGCAAGUGGUCCCAUGGCAACCCUGCCACAUGAUCCACAUGUCGCCAUCCACCAGGGAACACUUCGCCAAAGAGUACGACAGCUACGGCGAUAGCUACUUUGUGGACACAGACGAGCAGCAACUACAGGAAGUGUUCAACCGCAUUGGAGGUGCGGACUCACCGGCGGCCGUGAACGUUGGUCAGGUGGAGGAGCGAUAUGGUUGGGAUGAUCUUCUCACCAGCAUGUUCAGACCCUUCACGGCUUACAUGGACAGUUACGCCGACAUAGGAGACCCUAAAAGUACCAUACCCGCCAACUGUUUGGACAUCAGGGCGCUGGAGUUUCGUUACCAUGGAGGCACGGUGGUGAAGAAGUUGGAGGAAGGAGUGUCCCAUGUUGUUAUCGCAGAGGAAACAAGACUUCUAGAUUUAAGGACUCUGAGGCGCACCUUUAGGAAGAAGUUUAAGAUUGUAAGAGACUCAUGGGUGACCGAUUCAAUCAGUGAAGGAUAUCUGAUGAAUGACAACGACUACUUAGUUUGAGUCUUCUGGUGAUUCUCCCAGGAUUUAGGUUUAAAACAGGAGAAAAAUCUUUGUUUUAUUUGGAU